AUGAACAGAUUAGAAGUGGCUUUGUAAAAUUAUAAUUCAGCUAUUUAGAAAAAUCAAGAAUAUUCUAGGUAUUAUUUUAAUAAAGGUAUAAUAAAAUUUAACGAUUUCUUAGCUAUUACUCUAGAUAAAAUGAACAGAUUAGAAGAGGCUUUAUAAAAUUAUAAUUCAGCUAUUUAGAAAAAUCAAGAAUAUUCUAGGUAUUAUUUUAAUAAAGGUAUAAUAAAAUUUAACGAUUUCUUAGCUAUUACUCUAGAUAAAAUGAACAGAUUAGAAGAAGCUUUAUAAAAUUAUGAUUCAGCUAUUUAGAAAAAUCAAGAAUAUUCUAGGUAUUAUUUUAAUAAAGCUAUUACUCUAGAUAAAACGAACAGAUUUGAAGAAGCCUUGGUAAAUUAUGAUUCAGCAAUAUAAAUAAACCCAGAAAAUUCUAAGUUAUUACAAUAACAAAGGUAUAUUUUAUAAUGGAUUCUAUUUUUAGCUAUUACUCUAAAAAAGAUCAACAGAUUUGAAGAAGCUUUGGUAAAUUAUGAUUUAGCAAUAUAAAAAAACCCAGAAAAUUCAAGUUAUUACUAUUAUAAAGCUAUUACUCUAAAUAAAAUGAACAGAUUUGAAGAAGCUUUGGUAUAUUAUGAUUCAGCAAUAUAAAUAAACCCAGAAAAUUCAAGUUAUUACAAUAACAAAGCUAUUACUCUAGAUAAAAUGAAUAGAUUUGAAGAUUCUUUGGUAUAUUAUGAUUUAGCAAUAUAAAAAAACCCAGAGGAUUCUGACUAUUACAAAAACAAAGCUGAUACAUUAGAUAAAACGAACAGAUUUGAAGAAGCUUUGGUAAAAUAUGAUUUAGCAAUAUAAAUAAACCCAGAAAAUUCAAGUUAUUACAAUAACAAAGCUAUUACUCUAGAUAAAAUGAACAGAUUUGAAGAAGCUUUGGUAAAUUAUGAUUUAGCAAUAUAAAAAAAUCCAGAAAAUUCAAGUUAUUACAAUAACAAAGCUAUUACUCUAGAUAAAAUGAAUAGAUUUGAAGAUUCUUUGGUAUAUUAUGAUUCAGCAAUAUAAAAAAACCCAGAAAAUUCUGACUAUUACAGUAACAAAGCUUAUACAUUAGAUAAAACGAACAAAUUUGAAGAAGCUUUGGUAAAUUAUGAUUCAGCAAUAUAAAUAAACCCAGAAAAUUCAAGUUAUUACUAUAAUAAAGCUAUUACUCUAGAUAAAAUGAAUAGAUUUGAAGAUUCUUUGGUAUAUUAUGAUUCAGCAAUAUAAAAAAACCCAGAGGAUUCUGACUAUUACAAAAACAAAGCUGAUACAUUAGAUAAAAUGAACAGAUUUGAAGAAGCUUUGGUAAAUUAUGAUUUAGCAAUAUAAAUAAACCCAGAAAAUUCAAGUUAUUACAAUAACAAAGCUAUUACUCUAAAAAAGAUCAACAGAUUUGAAGAAGCUUUGGUAAAUUAUGAUUUAGCAAUAUAAAAAAAUCCAGAGGAUUCUGACUAUUACUAUAAUACAGCUAUUACUCUAGAUAAAAUGAACAGAUUUGAAGAAGCUUUGGUAAAUUAUGAUUCAGCAAUAUAAAUAAACCCAGAAAAUUCAAGUUAUUACUAUAAUAAAGCUGAUACAUUAGAUAAAACGAACAGAUUUGAAGAAGCUUUGGUAAAUUAUGAUUCAGCAAUAUAAAUAAACCCAGAAAAUUCAAGUUAUUACUAUAAUAAAGCUAUUACUCUAAAAAAGAUCAACAAAUUUGAAGAAGCUUUGGUAAAUUAUGAUUUAGCAAUAUAAAAAAAUCCAGAGGAUUCUGACUAUUACUUUAACAAAGCUAUUACUCUAAAAAAGAUCAACAAAUUUGAAGAAGCUUUGGUAAAUUAUGAUUUAGCAAUAUAAAAAAAUCCAGAGGAUUCUGACUAUUACUUUAACAAAGCUAAUAUUCUAGAUAAAAUGAACAGAUUUGAAGAAGCUUUGGUAUAUUAUGAUUCAGCAAUAUAAAAAAACCCAGAAGAUUCAAGUUAUUACAAUAACAAAGCUAUUACUCUAGAUAAAAUGAAUAGAUUUGAAGAUUCUUUGGUAUAUUAUGAUUCAGCAAUAUAAAUAAACCCAGAAAAUUCAAGUUAUUACUAUAAUAAAGCUAUUACUCUAAAAAAGAUCAACAAAUUUGAAGAAGCUUUGGUAAAUUAUGAUUUAGCAAUAUAAAAAAAUCCAGAGGAUUCUGACUAUUACUUUAACAAAGCUAAUAUUCUAGAUAAAAUGAACAGAUUUGAAGAAGCUUUGGUAUAUUAUGAUUCAGCAAUAUAAAAAAACCCAGAAGAUUCAAGUUAUUACAAUAACAAAGCUAUUACUCUAGAUAAAAUGAACAGAUUUGAAGAAGCUUUGGUAAAUUAUGAUUUAGCAAUAUAAAAAAACCCAGAAAAUUCAAGUUAUUACUAUAAUACAGCUAUUACUCUAAAAAAGAUCAACAAAUUUGAAGAAGCUUUGGUAAAUUAUGAUUUAGCAAUAUAAAAAAAUCCAGAGGAUUCUGACUAUUACUUUAACAAAGCUAUUACUCUAAAGUAAAUGAGCAGAUUUUAAGAUGCUUUAGAAAAUUAUAAUUUAGCAAUAUUAAAAAACCCAGAAGAUUCAGGAUAUUACAAUAACAAAGCUUUUGAAUUCACUUUGAAAUGA